AUGAGUGAGUUCAGGCCGGCAGAGCUGCUUGCUGGUCUCUGCCACACAGACCAGCAGGACCCUCUCCCCGUCUGGCAGGAUGGGACCGUCAGUCCCUGUUUUAACCAGCUGGUCCUGGGCGCUCUGCCUCACGCAGGGAUGGCUGUUUUCAGCGCCUGCUACCUCAGCGUGGCGAGGUAGGUCACACACCCAACAACCCGAAGUAGGAAAGUCUUUCCUCACAUCGAUCUCAGUCGUUUGAAACCUGAUCUUUGACAGCAGCUGUGGUCCUGAUCUUCUGGAGUCUGUCUGCGGUUGUUUCUCGCUGUGUUGUUUUAAUAUUACUGACAUUUGACCUUUUUCUGGCGCCACUUAGUUUGAAAUGAAGGGUAGUAGCCUUUGGAUUUCAGGAAGCGUUAAAGUUAAUCAUAGAUUUGUGUCCCGUAUUUGUGUUUCUCUAAGACCGUGAAGGUUCUCCUCAUGUUGUUUCCUUCAUGAGCUGAAAUCAGCAGCCGUGUCCUCGUCUCUAACGCUCUCCUCUCCUCUGAAAGUAUAAAUGUGUCUCAGCUCAUCUUUCUUCGGUCCUACAGAUCGGACCUCCUGCAGUCGUCUCCUCCCUGUGGUUGGACGCUCAGGUUGGGGUCUGCUCUCCUGGCUAUGCUGCUCUUCGCUGCAGACGUGGUCCUGGUGGGUCUCCUCCAGCAGGGGGACAUGUUCAUGGACGUCCUCGCCGACAGCUGUGCCGUCCUGGCCUGGCUGCUCCACCUCAGUGCCAUUCUGGUGCUGCAGAGGACGGCGUUCAGAAGGACCAGAGGACCCACCCUGCUGCUCCUGCUGGUUCUUCUGUCUGUACCAAACCUGGUCUUCACUUUGAUGAUUUCCUGGAACCAUCAGGACUACGUGGACUUUACAGAACCUCUUAAAUUCGCUCGCUUUGUCCUGGCCUCGGUGCGCUCACUCCCUCUCCUGGUCUAUCUUCUCGCCUUCGCGUUCCCCUGCGUCGGUGAUGUUGGAUAUACUCUGCACAUAAACGAAGAGGACGGACCGCGGAUCAUCGGCGGGAGGGAGACGCCGGAUACGGGUGAGAUGGUGGCUGAGGACGGGAGCGGCGGCCUGUCUCGGCUCUUCUACCUGUGGCUGACUCCUCUGCUCAGACGAGGACAGCGAGGAGAGCUGGACUCACCUGCAGAUGUUUAUCACCUCCCUCGAAAACUGCGGACCAGCGUGGUGUGUCGGUACUUCCACCAGUGCUGGGAGGCCUGCAGGCGAGGGGGGGCGGUGAGUGAGGGGCAGGACCCGUGGCCCAGACCGGUGAGCAGGAACCUUCUGAGCGGGACCUGGAGUUCUCACUACCAGGAGGAACCUCUGGAGCUGGAGGGGGAUGUGGGCCUGCUGAGGGUGCUGCACAAGGCGUUCGGGCCGAGGUUCUACAUCCUGGGUGUGCUGAAGGUGGGCGUGAACAUGCUGAGCUUCGCAGGACCCCUCCUCCUCAGCAGUCUGGUGAACUUCAUGGAGGAGGAGGGAGCGCCGGUCAGCCGGGGGGUCUGGUGCGCUCUGGGACUCUUUGCCUCCGCUCUUCUGACCUCCGUCCUCAGAAACAUCUUCGUCUUCCAGGUGUCAAAGGUGGCGCUGUCGGCCCGCGCCGCUCUGGUGUCGGCCAUCUACGCCAAAGCCCUGCGGGUCAGCGGCAGCAGCCUGGCCGGCUUCACUCUGGGCGAGGUGGUGAACUUGAUGAGCACGGACACGGACCGGGUCAUGAACUUCUUCAACAGCUUCCACGAGCUGUGGAGUCUACCCUUCACCUUCAGCAUCACCCUCUACCUGCUGUACCUGCAGGUGGGCGUGGCCUUCCUCGGAGGGCUGUGUGUGGCGCUGCUUCUGGUGCCUUUCAACAAGUUCCUCGCUUCCCGUAUCCUCAGCAACAACAAGCAGAUGCUGCGGCACAAAGACCGCCGAGUCAAGGUGAGAACAGAUCUAUGGAUGUAGAUCUGCAAACAUCUGGACAGAUCUGUGAUUUUAUCGGUUUAACGGCUGAAAAGUUUUCAGGUUCAGUUCAUUAAAGGAUCGCUCUGCUGCCCCUACUGUCCCAAAAAAAAAACACACCAUGGUCUUAUUCACAGAGCGCGUGUGAAAGAGUUAACUGCACCACAAACUGCACCGGAGCUCGUCUCUUAGUCUUUCUUUUCCCGUCUCUAAUAAUGAGAUACAAAAGCAAACAGACCAUUACUGAGCGUCAAUUAAUCAAUCAAUCAAUCAAACUUUAUUGUAAAGCACUUUUCAUACAUAUAAUGUAGCAAAAACUGCUGUAAAUUCACAGGAUAUUAAAAAACAAUGAAAUAAAAUAAAUACAAAUAAAAAUACACAAGUCCACCCUCCAAACCCCCAUUCAACACACACACACACACACACACACACACACACACACACACACACACACACACACACACACACACACACUCACACACACACACAGGUGAGGACUCUGGAUUUUGGACUAAAACGAUAAAACCAAAAUAAAAUAUAAUAAAGGUGAUAAAGUGUUAAAGGUGGAGUCAGCAGGAAUCUGUUAGAGAAGCAUAUUUUUAUUUUUUUGUGUAUUUACAAAAACUCUUCUAAUAUCAGUCAAUAGUUCUUAGUUAUUGAUUAUUUGGUAAUAUAUCGAUAUCUCUGUGUUCUCUUCUGUCUGUGACGUCAACAUUUGAACGUUUCUGAGCGGUCCGCUCUUUCUGACUGUAAACAGCUCUGCAGGUCGGCUGUUCCACAGAUGGGGACCGUAAUGUUGGAACGAUGAUUCACCGAAUGUUUUAGUUUUUACUUUGGGAAAAUUAAAAGACCUGAAGACCUGAGGGCUCGACCCGGACCGUAAUGUUGGAACGAUGAUUCACCGAAUGUUUUAGUUUUUACUUUGGGAAAAUUAAAAGACCUGAAGACCUGAGGGCUCGACCGGGAUCAUAGAAUAAAACAAGAAGGACCAUGAAGAGCUUUAAAAACUAAUAACAGAACCUUAAAAUGGACUCUAAAAUUAGACACAAAGGGAACCAACGCAGAGAUUUUAAAACUGGUUUCAGCAGCUGAAGCUGUGAGAUGUUCUUUAUAUGAAGACCAGAAAGGAGAGCGUUGCAAUAGUCAAUUCUACAGGUGAUAAAAGCAUGAUGAAGAGUCUCUGCAUUGGUUUAAGAGAGAAACUGGUGCACUCUGGUGUCAGGAUGAGAGUGCUCAGCGCAGCUCUGUACAGCCCAGUGAUCCACCAUCCUCUUAGAAAUCCAGAAACUAGAACGACCAGACUUCCUGAAACAGAUCCAGCUGAUUUCAGAAUUUCACUGCCAACGGUUCGACCUGCGUCUCGGUGUCACAGUCUCUACUAGAGUCCAGAACCCUGAACCCCCAGAACCCUCCAUUAAACACUUUUUAUCAAGACUCCUAAAAAACACGACACAGGUUUAGAUGUUUCCUUGGAUCUUCUUCGAUCUUCUGGCAGACGAACCCUGACUGACGUAAAUAAAGACGUUCAGAGUUCCUCCAGAAGUUCUACAUCCUAAACUCGUAGAUUUGUUUCUUCCAGUUGAUGACGGAGAUCCUCUUCGGGAUUCGUGUCAUCAAGUUCUACGCCUGGGAGCCUCAUUUCGCUCAGAAGGUCUCCGAGUGUCGUGGACAGGAGCUGUCUCACCUCAAAGCCAUCAAAUACCUGGAUGCUCUGUGUGUUUACACCUGGGCCGCUCUGCCUGUGGUCAUCUCCAUCCUCACCUUCGUCACCUUCGUCCUGCUGGGACAUCAGCUGACCGCCGCCAAGGUGAGGAAGACGUUUUACUGAACGCCUCGAUGUCAGAGUCCUGGUGAGGGUUUUCUUGUUCGUAAGAACAUCAGCAAAUCGAUGAGUUUCACAUCUUUGUCCACAGGGGGCGCCAAAGUUCAGAGAAAGUUCCCGCAGCGUCUCACAUGAGCUGAGGAAAGUUCAGGGAUGUGGUUGGAUGUUGUUUUGAGUAACGAUGAGAAAUAUCUCGAUGGUGUCGAUGAGGUUUUUCUCCUCAGAUCUGGACUUUGAUUCGUGGUUCAGUCGAUUUUCUUUAAACAUGAUUUUAAUAAUGAUGAUGAUGAUGAUGAUGAUGAUGAGUCGUAUAUUUGCACCAACUCUUCGGUUUCCUCUCUCGACCCCGGACUCACUCAUCAGUCUGUCCAGAGUCUGUGGUCUGAAGACCAGCAGACGGACUCGUGUUUCCUGGUAACGUUCAGACUCCUGGUCCCUCUGCAGGUCUUCACCACCCUGGCUCUGGUGGGAAUGCUGAUCGUCCCGCUCAACGCCUUCCCCUGGGUCCUCAACGGGAUCCUGGAGGCCAAAGUGUCUCUGGAGCGGAUCCAACGCUUCUUCAAAGUGACCAACCAGGAUCUUCAGGCGUACUACGCCCUGGGUGAGCUGCUGUGGACCUAAACUACCUACCUGUCUGUCUACUGAUCAACAUAUCUAUCUGUCUGUCUGUCUGUCCGUCCGUCUCAGUGACCCCUGAAGACGCUCAGACCUCGGUCCUCCUGAGUCAGGGGAAGUUUUCCUGGCAGGGACCCGACAGUCCAAACCAGAACCAGAACCAGAACCACCAGAGAGAGAGUGGGAGUGGAGCAGCCAAAGGGGGUCUGCUGCUGCACAGUCUGGAUCUACACAUCACCAAGGUAGCAGCAGAAACAUCGUGAGGACAGGAGGGGGCGCUCCUCCUCCCCCCUGAACCUUCAGACCGACGAAUCACUGAGUCACUGACCGAUUCAUGUUCAGAGUUAAAGGCGUAAAAAUAAAGUUUUAUUCAAACCCACCGUAACACCGAGUUAGACCCCGCCUCCAGAGAUGAAUGUUGUCGACCGCUUACUUCUCUAGUUAAACCAACUUUAGUAACGACCGCAGGAUAGAAAUACAGAGAGGUCUACAGAGAGGUCUACAGAGAGGUCUACAGAGAGGUCUACAGAGAGGUCUAUAGAGAGGUCUAUAGAGAGGUCUACAGAGAGGUCUACAGUGAGGUCUAUAGAGAGGUCUACAGAGAGGUCUACAGAGAGGUCUACAGAGAGGUCUAUAGAGAGGUCUACAGAGAGGUCUACAGAGAGGUCUAUAGAGAGGUCUACAGAGAGGUCUAUAGAGAGGUCUAUAGAGAGGUCUACAGAGAGGUCUAUAGAGAGGUCUACAGAGAGGUCUAUAGAGAGGUCUACAGAGAGGUCUACAGAGAGGUCUAUAGAGAGGUCUACAGAGAGGUCUAUAGAGAGGUCUACAGAGAGGUCUAUAGAGAGGUCUAUAGAGAGGUCUACAGAGAGGUCUACAGAGAGGUCUAUAGAGAGGUCUAAAGAGAGGUCUACAGAGAGGUCUACAGAGAGGUCUACAGAGAGGUCUACAGAGAGGUCUAUAGAGAGGUCUAUAGAGAGGUCUACAGAGAGGUCUAUAGAGAGGUCUACAGAGAGGUCUAAAGAGAGGUCUAUAGAGAGGUCUAUAGAGAGGUCUGUCGGUGUCACGGCGGGUUAGACCCCUCAUUAAUUUUAAAACCAGAUGAUCCCUCUGAAGGAGCUCUGACCUUGUGGACUCUCUGGUCUGCAGGGAUCUCUGGUGGUGGUGGUCGGCAGGGUCGGCUGUGGGAAGAGUUCCUUACUGGCAGCUCUUACAGGAGAACUCAGCAGGUACCGAACUUCAACCUCUGACCUCUGAAGGUCCAUGUGACCUCCAUGAGUUCUAGACGUUUGAGCAGGAAGUCCAAGUUUCCUGAGUCGUCUCCGUCUCCUCAGAUGGGACACUAAAGUCCUCCUCAUGUCUGUUCAGGCUGAGUGGCGUGGUGUUCGUCGCAGACAGGGAGGCGGGUUUCGGUUUGGCGUCUCAGGAGCCGUGGAUCCAGCAUGCAUCAGUCCGGGACAACAUCCUCUUUGGUAAAGUCUACGACCCCGCCUUCUACCAGGCCGUGAUCGAAGCCUGCGCUCUGUCAGACGACCUCAACGUAAGUCCGUGUUCAGAGUUUGAGGGUUGGUCAGACCGGCUCAAAGGGGCGGGGUUAGAGUUCUUCUGGAAUCAUCAGGGUGGUUCAGAGUCUGACGUUGAUUUGUCUUCAGGUUUUGCCAAACGGAGAUAAAACGGAGGUCGGCGAGAACGGCGUGACUCUGAGCGGAGGACAGAAGGCUCGACUCGCCCUCGCCAGAGCUGUUUACAUGGUCAGUCCUCGCCGUCUGCUCCGAACACGGAGAUGGUUCAGACACACGCACACACACGGGUCAGACCCCGCCCUGCUCAUCUUGUGACCUCCUCCAUAUUCCGUGUCCUCCUCAGGACAAAGACAUCUACCUCCUGGACGACCCGCUGGCGGCCGUCGACCCCGAUGUGGCCGACCACCUGAUGAAGAAAUGCAUCAUGGAGCUGCUGAGGGGAAAGACCAGAAUCCUUUGCACCCACCGCGUUGAGUUUGUGGACAAAGCGGACCUGGUGGUCCUGAUGGAAAACGGGACCAUCGUUAAGACCGGUGAGAACGCCAACGGGUCAGAGGGUCAGAGAAUCCUUCAAAAUAAACUUCCUGUCAGAGAGUCCUUCAAAAUAAACUUCCUGUCAGAGAAUCCUUCAAAAUAAACUUCCUGUCUGUUAGAAAGUCCGACCGGGUUCUGUGGUGGUUCUGUUCUGAUCCUGGUCCACUGAAGGGGGUCAGCGGACUAACCAAAUCCUCUUCUUUUCUGUCAAACAGGAACGCCGUCAGAGGUCCUUCCUCUGGUGGAGGCGGGGCCAAAAAAACAGAAGGAUGACCACAACAGGAAGGAGAAAGGUGUGUCCGCCUGACCUCGCUGCUGCUGGGUCAGGGGUCAGAGAUCUCCAGGGUUGACCUCUAACCCUCACUGUAGACACGCCCCCUUCAUUAACGCGGACCCAUUAUUGGACCCUCUUUGUUUUCGUCAUCAGACGGCGUGGAGCAGGACGGCGAGGACUCGGGUCCACCUCCUGAUCCAUGUUCAGAUGAAGACCCUGACCUGUCGGGGGCGGAGCAGAAGCAGACGGGCGGGCUGGCGUGGAGAGUCUACAGGACGUACUGGGCUGCUGUGGGCGGAGUCUUGGCCACCUCCAUCCUGAUGUCCCUGCUCCUCAUGCAAGGUUCGAGUCCUCCUCCUGAAGGUCCCGCCUCCUCCGCCUCUGAUUGGCUGUGAAACGUCAUCACACACUCAAGCCUAAUGCUAACCCUAACCCGACAGACGAUGGCGUUUCACAGCCAGAAGGAAUAACCAAUCAGAGCCCAGCACUUCUAGCCAAUCAGAGGCGAAGGAGGCGGGACCUUCCCCUACCAUCCUGUUCAGGUCUCUGUGAGCGUGACGCCAGUAAAGAAGGGGGCGGAGCCUGAGCAGACCACGCCCCUCAGUAACAGAUGCUCAUUGGUCGAAGUGUCUUUAUUGAUGGAUCUGUUUGUUUCUGCGGUCCAGCCUCCAAGAACGUCUCUGAUUGGUGGUUAUCUCACUGGAUCUCGGCGCUGAAGCCGGAGAACGGUUCUUCAGCUCCUCCAGGUCCAGGUCCAGGUCCAGGUCCAGGUCUAGGGUUCAGCUCAGCUCCCCUGCUGCUCUUCUCACCUGUGGGGUUCAGGUAAGUCGCCUCAGUUUUUCCUACUGAACCAGAACUGAACGGAUUCAAGAUCCAGUUCUUGUGGACCAUCAACCUCCUGAGGAUCCAAGUCAGCACAGGCUGACCCAGUUCUUCAGAACCCGGAACAAGCAGCGAGUCCAGAAUGGACCUGAGAGUCUGAACAUCUACGUGUUUUAGACACGUCGAUUUUAUUUAUCGUCCAAGUUUUUUUUUUUAUAAGUUCAAAUAAAAUUUUUUUUGAUUUUUCAGUUUAAAAAACAGAAAAGUGAGAAAACGGUCGGAUAGAAUUCGGACAGAGUUCGGACAGAGUUCGGACAGUGAGCGAGUUUAUUCUAACCAUGAGGUUCUUUUUGUCCGAUUUAUCCAGCAGUCAGAAUCUAGUCAGUCUGUGUCUAUGCUGCAGAGAUCUGACCCACUCCUGAUCUGAACCGGAUCAUCUGAACCGGAUCAUAUUCAGGUCUUUAUGAACUCAUGAAGAACUUCUGGACCUCCUCCUCCUCCUCCUCCUCCUCCUCCUCCUCCUCCUCCUCCUCUCACUGAUUGAUCAUUUUUUAUAUGAUCGUCAUUUUUCCUCGAUUUGACGUUUUUUCCUGAAAACUAAAUGAAAUCACUCCUUUCUCCUCUCUCCCCUCCUCUCCUCCUCUCCUCUCCUCUUCUCCUCCUCUCCUCUCCUCCUCCUCUCCUCUCUCCUCUCCUCUCCUCUCCUCUCCUCUCCUCUCCUCCCUCUCUCUCCUCCUCUCCUCUCCUCCUCUCCUCUCCUCUCUCUCCUCCCCUCCUCUCCUCUCCUCCUCUCCUCUCCUCUCUCUCCUCUCCCUCCUCUCCUCCUCCCCUCCUCCUCCUCUCCUCCCCUCCUCUCCUCUCCUCCUCCCUCCCCUCCUCUCCUCUCCUCCUCUCCUCUCCUCUCCUCUCUCUCCUCCUCUCCUCUCCUCCUCUCCUCCUCCUCCUGGUCCAGUUCUCCUCUGCUCCUCUCUGUAGGAACAUCUCCUCUGACCAACCUGAGCUCUGAUGUCAGAUUUUACCUGCUGGUGUACGGCUCCAUCGCUGCAGCGAACACCGUCUUCACCGCCCUCCGAGCUUUCCUCUUUGCCUACGGCGCCAUCUGUGCCGCCCAGACCAUCCACCACAGACUGCUGGACCGGGUCCUGAAGGUGGGUCACAUGAGCUUUCAGCCCUCCUCGACCUCUUGAGGGUGACGGUGAGAGCUGACCCCCGACCUCCACCUUCAUCCUGAUCGUCUCCUAAAAGGUCGUAUCCUCCGAUCGUAGCUGAUCGUAACCAUUCAAGUUAACGUGUCAAUUUACACCGACUUCUUUCUGGACGCCGGAGCAUGGCGGAUAAAUUCAGCACAGAUUAACCCGUGCUGGAAAGGAAGUCGGGCACAGACUUCAAAAUAAAACAUCCGGCUUCUUUUCAAAAUAAAACACUCGGAGACGAACAAGUGAAAGGUUUUUAGACGUCAUUUCACCCCGAUGACACCAUGGAUGAGGAGAUGCUGAUUCUAGAAGUCUAGAAGUAGAUUUCCUCCUCUGGAAGGACACAAUCUACUGCUUAUAUGUCUAUGUGUCUGUCUUUAGAGAGACGACUCGUUAUCAUGAGAUUAAACGUGAAUCUGCAGGUUCUUGUGAGUUCUCAUGAUUACUGCUGUUCAUAAUUCAGAUCUAGCAGGAAUUGGUGGACCGCGAAAAUCGCCACCGUUCCGGAUGCGUGGGGUAAGGCGGAGUUAUCUGUCGCCCAGCUCUCUCCUCUGAUUGGUCAGAACCUCUCAGUCCGGAUCGGUUCAUUUUCUCCUGUUGUUGAACUUUUUGGACCUUCUGAUCUUCUGGUCAUGUUUGCUCGUCCCUCAGGCCACGGUGACCUUCUUCGACUCCACCCCCAUGGGUCGAGUCCUGAACCGCUUCUCCUCGGACCUGUACAGCGUGGACGACAGUCUGCCCUUCAUCCUCAACAUCCUGCUGGCCAACGUCUUCGGCCUUCUGGGGAUGCUGGUGGUGAUCAGCGCCGGCCUCCCCUGGGUCCUCGUGCCCCUGCUGCCCCUCGCUCUGCUCUACCACCGCACUCAGCACUUCUACAGACACACCUCCCGCGAGCUGAAGCGUCUGUGCAGCCUCACCCUGUCGCCCGUCUACUCGCACUUCUCUGAGACGCUGACGGGGCUGGGGACCAUCCGGGCCAGCGGCAGCUCAGCCAGGUGAGCCGAGACCCUCUCCAGAGUGAUCCACAUCCGUUUAAUGAGGGUCCUGGAUCUGGGGUCCUGCUGCAGGGUCAGGGUCAGGGUCAGGGUCUCCUUUCUUGUUGUUUCAGGUUCGAGGAGGAGAACGCCCGACGUCUGGAGCAGAACCAGCGAUGUCUGUUCCUCAGCAACGCCGCCAUGCAGUGGCUGGACAUCCGCCUGCAGCUGAUUGGUGUUGCCGUGGUGACGGGUCUGGGGGUGAUUGCGGUCGUCCAGCAUCAGUUGAAGUCUGUGGAUCCAGGUGAGUCCUCAGGUGGAUUUGGUUUGGGUCGUAUUGAAGGGUCGUUGUGGUCCAGCCUGGUUCUGUGUCUGUGUGGUCUCGCUCAGGUCUGGUGGGACUGUCCCUGUCCUACGCUCUGUCCAUCACCUCGCUGCUGUCCGGCCUCAUCUUCAGCUUCACUCAGACCGAGAUGCAGCUGGUGAGCGUGGAGAGGACCGAGGAGUACUCCACCGGACUCCCCACUGAGCCCGAGCAGCAGAACACACAGGUGAGACCAGAACACAGGUGAGACCAGAACCUGCAGACCAGAACAAGGAUCAACCUCUUCAGUCAGACCCUGAAGGGCCGACGUAGACCCAGUCAUGUGACUAACCUGUUGGAGAUCUUCCUCCAGAUCUUUGUUUUCAGUUUCUGAACUUUUUAACUUUUUAACUUGUCUUUAAUGUGAACCUCCCUCACUCCCUCACUCCCUCCCUCACUCCCUCACUCACUCACUCACUCCCUCACUCCCUCCCUCACUCACUCACUCCCUCACUCACUCCCUCACUCCCUCCCUCACUCACUCACUCCCUCACUCCCUCCCUCACUCACUCACUCACUCACUCACUCCCUCACUCACUCACUCACUCACUCACUCACUCACUCACUCACUCACUCACUCACUCACUCACUCACUCACUCCUUACUCCCUCCCUCCCUCACUCACUCACUCACUCCCUCACUCCCUCCCUCACUCACUCACUCCUCACUCCCUCCCUCCCUCCCUCCCUCCCUCACUCCCUCCCUCCCUCACUCACUCACUCACUCACUCACUCACUCCUCACUCCCUCCCUCCCUCACUCACUCACUCACUCCCUCACUCACUCACUCACUCACUCCCUCACUCCCUCCCUCACUCACUCACUCCCUCCCUCACUCACUCACUCACUCACUCCCUCACUCCCUCCCUCACUCACUCACUCACUCACUCACUCCCUCACUCCCUCCCUCACUCACUCACUCACUCACUCCCUCACUCACUCACUCACUCACUCACUCACUCACUCACUCACUCACUCACUCACUCACUCACUCCCUCACUCCCUCCCUCACUCACUCACUCACUCACUCACUCCCUCACUCACUCCCUCACUCACUCACUCACUCACUCACUCACUCACUCACUCCCUCACUCACUCCCUCACUCACUCACUCACUCACUCACUCACUCACUCACUCACUCCUCACUCCCUCCCUCACUCCCUCACUCCCUCCUCUCCCUCCCUCACUCACUCCCUCACUCACUCACUCACUCCCUCCCUCACUCACUCACUCACUCACUCACUCACUCAUUGGUCUGUCUGCCCCCGCCCCCUUGACCUCCAGCUGACCCCUGCCUGGCCUGAGCAGGGCUGGUUGGAGUUCCGUGAUGUGGUCCUGGUCUACAGAGAAGGUCUCCCUAACGCUCUGGACCGGGUCAGUCUGGUGGUCAGGCCUGGAGAGAAGGUGGGCAUCGUGGGCCGCACAGGUUCUGGAAAGUCGACCCUGUUCUUGGCCCUGUUCAGGAUGGUGGAGGUGAACCAGGGCCAGAUCCUCCUGGAUGGACUGGACAUCGGCUCUGUGGACCUGGCUCAGCUCAGGUAGGUUCUGAAUUCAGACUUUGAUGGUCCCGACGGUUUAUCUACAGAAUACUGUUUUUGAAUCUGUCCUCGUCGUGUCGGCGCCCCCUGCAGGUCCAGACUGGCCAUCAUUCCUCAGGAUCCCUUCCUCUUCAGCGGGACCAUCAGGGAGAAUCUGGACCCAUGUGGGCGGCACUCGGACCUGCAGCUGCUGGAGGUCCUGGAUCAGUGUCACCUGAGCGCCGUGGUCCAGAGGACAGGUGAGACACGGUUGCUCGGUAACCUGAGGUGUGUCUGUUCUGACUUCCUGUCCCUGACUUGAUGUUUGUGUGUCAGGUGGUCUGGACGCCGAGGUCGGGGAGCGGGGUCGAACCUUCUCUGUGGGACAACGACAGCUGCUGUGUCUCGCUCGAGCUCUGCUGACUCAGGCCAAGGUGAGACUCCUUACCUGAGGUUUACAGUGAGAGUAAAAGGGGGCGUGGUCAGAGGACGGGGGUCGUUCUCUCUGUGUGAUCCUGUUACAGGAUCCUGACCCGGUAAAUAAACCGGACUCAGUUAUUUGGACUGAACCACUUCUUCUCUGUAAUUCUGCGACUCUCAUUUCUCCUCCUGAAAACGUUUCUCUCCGAUCUCCUUCCUCUCCGAUCUUCUUCCUCUCCGAUCUCCUUCCUCUCCGAUCUUCUUCCUCUCCGAUCUUCUUCCUCUCCGAUCCUCUUCCUCUCCGAUCUUCUUCCUCUCCGAUCUCCUUCCUCUCCGAUCUUCCUCCUCUCCGAUCUUCUUCCUCUCUGAUCUUCUUCCUCUCCGAUCUUCUUCCUCUCCGAUCUUCUUCCUCUCCGAUCUUUUUCCUCUCCGAUCUUCUUCCUCUCCGAUCUCCUUCCUCUCCGAUCUUCUUCCUCUCCGAUCUCCUUCCUCUCCGAUCUCCUUCCUCUCCGAUCUUCUUCCUCUCCGAUCUCCUUCCUCUCCGAUCUUCUUCCUCUCCGAUCUUCUUCCUCUCCGAUCUUCUUCCUCUCCGAUCCUCUUCCUCUCCGAUCUUCUUCCUCUCCGAUCUCCUUCCUCUCCGAUCUUCUUCCUCUCCGAUCUCCUUCCUCUCCGAUCUUCUUCCUCUCCGAUCUUCUUCCUCUCCGAUCCUCUUCCUCUCCGAUCUUCUUCCUCUCCGAUCUCCUUCCUCUCCGAUCUUCUUCCUCUCCGAUCUCCUUCCUCUCCGAUCUUCUUCCUCUCCGAUCUUCUUCCUCUCCGAUCUUCUUCCUCUCCGAUCUUCCUCUCCGAUCUUCUUCCUCUCCGAUCUCCUUCCUCUCCGAUCCUCUUCCUCUCCGAUCCUCUUCCUCUCCGAUCUCCUUCCUCUCCGAUCUUCUUCCUCUCCGAUCUUCUUCCUCUCCGAUCUUCUUCCUCUCCGAUCUUCUUCCUCUCCGAUCUUCUUCCUCUCCGAUCCUUUUCCUCUCCGAUCUUCUUCCUCUCCGAUCUUCUUCCUCUCCGAUCUUCUUCCUCUCCGAUCCUCUUCCUCUCCGAUCUCCUUCCUCUCUGAUCUCCUUCCUCUCCGAUCUUCUUCCUCUCCGAUCUUCUUCCUCUCUAAACCGUCCGUUGAGGUUUCGGUUCGUUACAUCUGUGACUCGUUGACUCAUCAGUCCAGUUUGCCGACAGAUCGGAGUCGACGCUCGUUUAGAAGUGAGCGUGUUCUGGUUUUGCUCUUAUCGUCUGUCUGGUUCUGACACUGAAUCUGACGCCUUAUCUGACCGCACAUGCGGAGCGGACCCCGACAGAGUGAUUGGUUACCUUGACAACCAGAAACAGUUCCCACAAAAUCUUUAAAUGUAUUAUUUUCGUUGCUCUUGGGGGCCCCCUACUGGGCCGACUCUGUGUAAACCACCAAACCUGAUCUUCGAGUUCCUCAGAGACACCUGUAAGAUCCUGGUUUCUCCUGGUCCUGCAGGUUCUGUGUAUGGAUGAAGCCACAGCCAGCGUGGACCAGAAGACCGACCAACUUCUGCAGCAGACCAUCAGAGAGACCUUCAAGGAGAAGACCGUCCUCACCAUCGCUCACCGGUUCAGACUGGUUUCUACAUGCAGGUCUUUCUUCUCUGGUCUGUUGGUUUCAGGUUUCUAAAAGUCUCUCAUUUCUGGUCUCCAGGAUCGACACCAUCAUGGACUGUGACAGAGUUCUGGUGAUGCAUGCUGGGAAGGUGGUGGAGUUCGACUCUCCGACCGCUCUCUGUCAAAGCGACCGCUCCAUCUUUCAGAGGCUGGUGGGUCAGAGAGGAGAGUCCAGGUGACUGAGAGGACCCUGGAGGGAGGAACCUCAUCUCUAAGGGACUCUUGGUACCUGGAUCCUGGAUCCUGGAUCCUGGAGAUGUUUGUGGAGAAGCUGCUGCAGUUUCAGAACCUUCAGUCCUCCUGAACUUGGACUCUUCUGAGGGAUUAUUCAGGGUCUCCAGAGUUGAAUUGGACUGUGGGAACAUUUCUGAACCUCUGAGGACAAACAGGAAGUGUUUGGGUUUUAGAGAUGGUCACACAACUAUGUGUAAAAUUUAGGGUCAUGACCUUCAAGAGCAGACGAGAGCGUCAGCUGAGAGUCUGUUUGACUGAAGAAACCGUCUUUAUCAGAUCAUCAUCAGAAACUCAGACUCACCUCAGAGUCCACAUCAGCGCCAACGUCCCGGGUCGCUCUCUCUCUCUCUCUCUCUCUCUCGCUCUCUCUCUCUCUCUCUCUCUCCGUCUCUCUCGCUCCGUCUCUCUCUCUCUCUCUCUCUCUCUCUCUCUCUCUCUCUCUCUCUCCCUCCCUCCCUCCCUCUCUCUCUCUCUCUCUCUCUCUCUCUCUCCCUCCCUCUCCCUCCCUCUCUCUCUCUCUCUCUCUCUCUCUCUCUCUCUCUCUCUCUCUCUCUCUCUCUCUCUCUCUCUCUCUCUCUCUCUCUCUCUCUCUCUCCCUCUCUCUCUCUCUCCCUCCCUCCCUCCCUCCCUCUCUCUCUCUGUCUCUCUCUCUCUCUUUCUCUCUCCCUCUCUCUCUCCCUCCCUCUCUCUCUCCCUCUCUCUCUCUCUCUCUGUCUCUCUCUCUCUCAUUCUCUCUCCCUCUCUCUCUCCCUCCCUCUCUCUCUCUCUCUCUCUCUCUCUCUCUGUCUCUCUCUCUCUCCCUCUCUCUCUCUCUCUCUCUGUCUCUCUCUCUCUCCCUCUCUCUGUCUCUCUCUCUCUCUCUCUCUCUCGUCCCUCUCUCUCUCUCUCUCUCUCUCUCUCUCUCUCUCUCUCUCUCUCUCUCUUUCUCUGUCUCUCCUUCUCUCUCUCUCCCUCUCUCUCUCUCUGUCUCUCCUUCUCUCUCUCUCUCUCCCUCUCUCUCUGUCUCUCCCUCUCUCUCUCUCUCUCUCUCUCACACCAAAAAUGAAGGAAAACUAAAGGGAGAUCUUGUCUUUGACAUUUUCACCAAAGUUCAUUCAGAUUCUCGGUCACAGACGAUUCUUUAAAAGUGACUUUUAAACAUUAAACUGAUUUGAUUUGAUGAUGUUUAAAUAUUUGGAUGUUAUUUCAGUGUGAGGAGAGGUUCAGCCGAACGUCGUGAAGAUGUUUGAGUCUCUGAGUUCAGAGGAGAGUUUGAAACACUGACGGUCAAAACUGAGAGUCGAUACUCCGAUCAGAACAAUAAUAACAAUAAUAAAGAUGAAGAUGAUGUGGGACUGAUGAAGGAGUAUCUAUAAACCACAGUAAUGAAUGAAGCUGUUCAAUAAUCAAAGUUCAAAGGUCGCUGGUUCUUGGUCUGAAUCCUGUUUUAAUGGGUCGGUGUUCCUCAGGGCAGCGGUUUGGGUCUCCUGAUGUUUGUGUUCUCAUGUUUAUGUUUGGGGGAUAAUGUCGACCCGUCUCUUUAUUUUCAGAAUCAGAACCUUUAAUUUUGGGUUUUGUCCUUAAAUUAUUCAGAGUCAUCAGAGUUUUUCUCUGUUAUUAAACUCCAAUAAAUCCGUUUCUCUUGUCAUCAAACAUGUUUGUUUUCUUCUGAGAACAAAGUGGUUCUUAUGUAACAUCGGAGAGCGUACCUGUUCAGGUCUGAUUAUAUAAUCCUGAGUGAGACUUCUCUUUUCUCUCCAUCCAGAUUCACACAGACAGUCUUUGUCACCGACAGGCGACUGUAAUCAGAGUGACUCACGCCGUGGAGGCCGGCCGCCCCUCCCUGGGAACAGGUGAGCAUUCUUCUCACCUGAGCGAACCCAGUCUGUUCUGAGGGGGGCGUGUCAGGGAUGUGGUUUUCUGCUCCAAGAACCGACAUCCAAGUAUCUGAGUGUUUUAUGUCAGUGAAGUGUGAGGGUUGACAGAGAAGAGAAACCGUGUUAGAGAGAAGAAGAGGAGGUGAGUUUAGUGGAGGAACAUUCAGAGUAAAAAGAUGUUCAAAAAUUCACUAAAGUUAAAGAAAGUUCAAGAAAAUCAGAGUCGGUCAGGAGGGCGGGACCGAACCUGCAGCUGUUUGUGUUUGUGUGCGUACGAGCUGCAGGUGUGUGUUCGUCAGGGUGUGUUUGCAUGAGGGUGUGUGAGGUGAACAUGUGUGUGUCUGUGUGUGUGUGUGUGUUUCUCCUCUGACAGUUAAUGGACGCAGGAGUUCAAACCUGUUUGUCUGCUUUGAAGAAAGUAUUCGUCCAACUGACGGGCGCUCCUCUCCUCACUCUCUGUCACCUGCUGAGCAGACAGCAUGGACUGAUACCUCUGGGAUCAAACUCUGGGACACAGAACCAGAACCCCGUCCUGAUGGACCCCCAGGUCAGUUUCAUUUAUGAGACGUCUUUACAGCGCUGGGUCUCAGGGUUCUUGUUCCUGUCUGGUCCGGUGUUUGCGAGUUUUUAGUUGCUGGGGUUGCAGUUUCGGUCAAGUUUCAGUGGCUGUGUUAGUAAACUGGACUCCUGGUCUCUCUGGUUCUUUCUAAGUUCUUCUUUCAGGUGUCUUCAGUGUUUCUAAAUCUUCUCCUUUCUCCCUCUUUGUCCGACCUGCAGACAGAAACCUUCAUUUCUGCUUCUUCUCCUGAACCUUUUUUUUUUAUCCCUAAUAUCUCAGUCAGUUUUUCCUAAAUAACUCUGUAUUUUGAUGCUCAGACGUGGCUUACACUCGCACUUUAAAGUCAACAUGCUCUUAUUAUUAUUAUCAGAAUCUACAGAUCCUCUGCUUUAAAUCUGCUGAUGUUACAAGAUCUGUGUUUCUGAUAUUAUCCAAAAGCCUUUCUGCUUCUCCUCUCUGACUCCAGAUUUAUAACUUGCACGGUGUCUUAUCUGUAGAUGCUUAAUGUGUAACUUUAAAGGCAGUAAACCUGCUGCUGUGUUUGCUCUGAUGUGUUCGUGUGCAGCAUGAGGGAAACACCGAGAUCAGCAUGUUUCUGUAAAACCCAAAUAACGCAGAAUUUUCUGUUUUUGAUCAGCUGAAAACCAGCCGCAUCGUGACACAAUUUACAGUCUCGAUUGGACUGAAAUUCACCGACAUGACAGACUUUACAGGACGGUUUAUCACAGACAGACUUUUUAUAUCUGAAGCUUAUAAAUGACGUCUCUGCAGAUUUAUCCAUGAAAUCUUGUAAACAAAUACACCAAGAACAGUUUCAGUGUCAGUAAAAUACAGAUUAAUAAUGACAGAUAUAUAUAUGUGUAUAUAUAUAUAUGUAUAUAUCAGUUGGCAUAAAGUUCAAGUUCACCAACAUAAACAAACAGAGUGACAGGGAAAACUGUCCGGGGUCGUCUUCAGUGAAAUACUGACGCUCCCAAAAACUGAUCUGUGACGACGGUUUUAUUGUGAUUGAAUUUUUAUAUCCAAGAACAGCGGAAGAGUCACGACAAAGACAAAGAUUCAGGGUUUUACAUUCAUGUGUUCAUCUUCAGUCCAGUGCCUUCAAACUGGAUUUUGUUCAGAGAAACAAAAGGUGAUCAAAGUGAGGGUGAAAGAUUUACACAGAUGACUCAGAAAUUCAUCCAAACUCCUCUGUAAGGAAACACAAAUGUGCCCUGUCUCAGGGAAACUUGGCUAUAUUAUUAUUAUUAUUAUUAUUAUUAUUAUAAAUUUUAUUAUUAUUAUUAUUUAAUUAUUAUUAUUUUUUAAAUUAUUAUUUAAUUAUCAAUUUAUUAUUAUUAUUAUUAUUAUUAUUAUUAUUAUUAUUAUUAUUAUUAUUAUCAAUUUUAUUAUUAUUAUUUAAUAAUUAUUAUUAUGAUUUUAAUUAUUAUUUAAUUAUUAAUUUUAUUAUUAUUAUUUAAUUAUUAUUAUUAUUUAAAUUAUUACUUAAUUAUCAAUUUAUUAUUAUUAUUAUUAUUAUCAAUUUAAUUAUUAUUUAAUUAUUAUUAUUAUUAUUAAAUUAUUAUUAUUAUUAUUUUAAUUAUUAUUUAAUUAUCUAUUUUAUUAUUAUUAUUAUUAUUAUUAUUAUUAUUACAUUUUUUGUCCAGUAAUGUGGUGUCAAUAUUGAUCUUCCCUCUGUUUAAAAUACCACAUAACUUCAUUUCUUCAUAAGAAACAACACAGGUGUCACUAGACCCCCAAAUGAGCUCUAUCCCAGUAUAAAUGAGCUGUACCCCAGUAUAAAUGAGCUCUACCCCAGUAUAAAUGAGCUGUACCCCAGUAUAAAUGAGCUGUACCCCAGUAUAAAUGAGCUGUACCCCAGUAUAAAUGCGUUUCACCAGUCUAGUGUCGCAGUAGAAAAAACAUUAAACUAAUAUUAUUAUUGGAGUCUUUAGUUCCUCACAGUGAAGUGGAGUUGUUAUAUAAUUGGCACCACAGUGGAGUAACAAACAUCAGUGAAGUGUUCACACACUUGCAGUCAUGCGCCUGAUUUCCCAGCAUCUUCACAGAACUCGGUGUUUCUGGAUUCACUCUGAGCUGGAAAGCGGUGGGUGUGGUUACUUUGACUUUGUGUCCUUGCAGAAAGGAAACACCCAACAACAGAACACUUGUUGGCAGCACUCUCGAUAAACCUGUUCCUGGUUUUCCCUCGGAUGCGGCCCAAAAGCCUGAAGGCCAUAACUCAAAUACCUGAGAAGCACCUGCAGAGUCAGCGGGGUUUCACUUGUCUACCUGUGCACAGAUAAAACCGGAGUUUUGAGGAAUAAAACUGCUGCUUUGUCACUAAAGUGCUUCGCAUCAGUUUCUUGGGGUUUGUUGAUUCUCGCCGCACAAUAAAUAAACAACGGCAGAGCUUCUCAAACAAGAUAUAUUCAGUUGGCAGAGCAGAUGAGCCGCACCCAAGUUUUUAUGCAAUUGUAAACCUCGCCUCCUUUCAAAUGUUUGUGAUUAAAAGAGCAAUUAUAAAGUUCUGAGAGAGCUGCACAGGUGAACAGAUUGAAGAAACUGCGGUUCUUAGUUGGAAAACACUCCAGGAAGGUUUCCUCAGCCGAGACUGAACUCAAAACAAAACUGGUGUUUGUCUUUACUAGUUAAACACAUCUUUAAAACGGAGUUCAUUCAUCAAAUUCCCAAUCACUAAACUCUAUUGACAUUUCAUUUUGAUUUGUUUUGGUCAGCUCAAAACCGAACAAAGAGACGUGAAUCAAGAGUCAGACAGCACAUGAAAAUGUAGACUGACAGUUUUGUUUUACAUGAGUUCAGUCUCAGCUGAGCGAACCUGUGCAACAUUCCUGGAGUGUUUUCCAACUAAGAACCGCAGUUUCUUCAAUCUGUUCACCUGUGCAGCUCUCUCAGAACUUUUUAAUUGCUCUUUUAAUCACAAAUCAAGAGUCAGACAGCACAUGAAAAUGUAGACUGACUGGACUUUGACAUGAGGAGUUUUCUGCUUUCAGUUUGGAGUUUCAGUCAUAUUGACCAAUCACAUAUCAGCAGGCUUUAGUGGAUGUAGGAAAAAAAGCAAAAGCAGAGUGAACAUAAUCCUCCAUAAUGACCUCCAGCUCCUGUUGGUGGUGAUCUUAAAAUGAUUCAUCUCUAUAAACCGAUAUCUGCGCCCGAGUGCAGCUAACAGUUUAUUCUUAAUCUAACUCAACUCCUCGACUUCAAACAGAACCUCCAAACAGAUCUGAAAUGAUCAAUCUGUUCUUCUCUUGAGGACAGACUGAACCCACUUGUUGAAAAUCUUCAACAUGGAGGUGUUUUUGUUUCCUCAGAAGACCUGUGAUCUUCUUUUAUAUCUCAAGACAAUAUGGAUCAUACAGCUAAAGUCAGCGAGAGUGAAGCUUCACCACCUACAGUGAAACUUCCAUUUACUGGCGGAAGGAGGAACCAAGUUGUCUUUAGUAAAUACAGUCUAUGGUGGUGACCAGAGCAGUGGAUUAAAACAGAGUGGCGACACUCCCAUAGACAUACGCUGUACAGCCCGGCGGACUUCCAGGUUAUGGAACUCGUAAUAGUUCCAACAUGACCGCCUGUCACGUCGGACGCCGUUCGCUUCUAUGGCCACAAGGCAAGCACUCACCGAGGUUAAAUGAUAAAAUAUCAACAAGUUUAAUGCCAAUACAUGUGUUAUUGAUAUCGAGGGGACCCCUUUAUAUGUAAAAAUGUAUAUCCCAAAUGUAAUUACGUUGUUUUAGUCAGGAAUUGGGAUCGAUUUUUUUAGCCACGGUUUGCUCCCACACUCCCCGAGGUAAAAUAUUGUAUCAACGAAUGUAAUGCCAAUACGUGUGUAAAUGGUAUCGAGGGACCCCUUUAUAUGUAAAAUGAUUUUAAUUUUAGUAUGCUCAAAUAGUAAUUACAAAUGUAAUUACGUUUUUUUAGAAAGGAAUUGGGAUCGAUUUUUUAGCCACGGCCUGCUAGUUGGACGUCGUCAGCUGUAGAGGCCUCCCAAAAUGUAUUGUGUGACUGAGUUAUGAAUCACAGAUAAAUCAUCAUCAUCAAUCAUAUGAUGAGAUGGUUACUUAUGGGCUUUAUUUUAGAUUUCAGCCUUUAUCAGUUCCCGAUGUUAUGUGCAAUUUAUUCUUUUUAGACUAACAUAAGUGCUAUGUAAUUUGAUUUCUACUUAUGGGAUGAUAGAGUUAAGGGACCACUACUUUUUAAAUCCUGUCAGUAUUUAAGGCGUAUGUUUAACAUGAAAAAAUGUUAUGCAGGCCAUGCUGCAAGACCAAAACAUUGCACAAUUGUUUAAACAGCUUGUAACACCUGUGACUUACCACUUUAUUGUAUUAUUUUCUCUUAUUAAAAAGUAACACGUGUUACCAAACUUGUCUUAUUUCACUUUUAUUUGUCAUCCAGCCGCUAAAUAUAAAUAAAUAUUAAUAAUAUAUACGUACGUGACUUUGACGUGUACACAGUAAUCCAAUAAGAGUUGCAAAUGUUGACUUUUUACGGUUAAUUUUAAUAUUUACCUCUUAAAUGCGCGCUCACUGCAGUCUGCCCCGUUGAAGAGCAUGGACAGUGCAGGCUGCGUUUGGAACUAUGGAGGGGUACAUGAACCACAUGACCGCUCCGGCGGCGAGAUCUGAAGUUGUCGCCACUCUGUUUUAAUCCACUGCUCUGGUGGUGACGCUCUGGAGGAUGUAGAACAUUUUAGAGAAUAUCAGCGAACAUUCCGUAACAUCAAGGACAUUCUAAAAGAUCAAUAACAUUCAGUAACAUCAAAGACAUUCUAAAAGAUCAAUAACAUUCUGGAACAUCAAAGACAUUCUAAAAGAUCAAUAACAGUAACAGUCUGGGAACAUCUGUGACAUCACCGAACCUUCCUACGAAUUCUGAAGUCAUCAGAACCGCUCUGACAGAUGUUAGGGGGACACUGUUGGGUCCUCUGCUCAGCACCACAGACUGUAUCUAGAACAGACGCCGUCUGCCUCUGAGAACAGCGCCCUCUGGUGGCGGGCUGCAGUAUAGGUCAUAAACCCCGCCUCCUUAUGGAGCUGUGGACAAACUUUAUAAAUGAAUGACACAGAAUAUAAAUGUUUCUCCCCCCUGGUUGUGAUGUUGACAUGUAGUUACUGUCAGACUGGUUUGUGCUCAAGUCCUCUUUUUUCUGUACAGCUCCAUUUUUAAAAGUUAUUAGGGGGUUCAUGUUUUCUAUGAUUGACAUCUGAUACAGCCAAUGGGAGGACAGAAAUUGAGUAGAUCACCAGGGGAUAUGCUGUUUGAGCCGAGCGUUGCUAACUGGACUGUAGGUUGCUAACUGGACUGUAGGAGAUGCAGGGUACAGAAAACAAAGCUAGCGACUUUGUUAAAUCAUCACACAGACAUACCGCCUCUUAUGUCUUUUCCUUUCCUUCUUUAGGUUUAACCACACAGGACUUUUCAAUGCAGCUGUGACAGAGACACAAGGAUCAUGGUAAAAAACACAAUUUUGUGUUGAAAUGUUAGUUUUCCGUUGUAGGUUGGAUCUCAAAGCUCUCUUUGUUGAGGAGUACCUCUGUGUUGACAACUCUUUGACUCGUCUUUUCCUGCAGCCGAGACACCGCAGAGGAAGGAGCCUCUCUGGGGCUCUGACCCUGGAUCGAGCAGAUGAUGGUGGACUUGUUGUUUCCAACAUCGAUGAUGGUGCAUCAGCCAAUAGGGGGCUGAGAGAAGGUAUGACAGUUGACUUCCUAAUGUCCUCUUUUCUUUCUACUGCUUUUGUGUGUCGUGAAGGAAGCCAUGAAAAACAAAAAAGUCACAGAUAUAAUGGUAAUGAAAUUGUCCUGUGCUACAAUCUGAUCAUGCUCUAAGAUUGAACGUUGAACAGAUUGUAGAAAUGCAAAUAAACCAUAAAUGACAUUUCAUUAACUCUACACUAAUGCCAACACUUUGAUCUUCCAAAGUUUCCCAGGUUUAGGAUUUUAGAUUUGAGACUAUUUUCCUACAAAGCGGCAUGGUGUGAAUGCUGUCAUAUCGUAGAAAAAUCUGUUUUUCAUGCAGAUUUCUUUCUUGACAGGUGAUGAACUUUUGGGAGCAACAAUCAAUUUUGAUCAACUAUCAAAGGAAGAGGUUUUAGAGGUGCUGAAGCUAAUGGAGCCAUACGAUCACAAGCUAAAAGUCCUCUCGAAGAACAAAAGCAGGAGCGUCGGAAGUCUGUUUGAGGGUGUCAAGAGUCCUGAUACGGUAGGUGGGCUACAAAAAGUACCAACAACAGUAAAUAAUUGGUUAAUCAAUGAUUGCAACUUCCUUUGAAUGGCAGUCGACAACACAAUCUCCAAUGAAAAACAGUAUGAAACUGUACUUUAGGUUGUACUUAAAGGUUCCACAAAAAAGUUCUUUUUUGUUUAUGUUAGUCAGAGUUACUGAGCAUUCAUUCAGGCAAGCACUUUUAAAAUGUCUGGUGCUGAUUUGCGCUCUCAUCUGGAUUUCUUUGACAUCGAAUAAAUCAAUGCUCAAAUUCACCGUGUCAAGACUGCUAAACAAAAGUAUGAACACACGGUCUUGCUGUCAUUUUAUUCAGAUCAUCAAGUUGUGGCUUUUGCUUGCAGAUGCUGAAGGACUCCUACAACAAACUCUACAAUGCCAAAAUCAAGAAGUUUAUGAAAGAUGAUUUUACCAGUUCUGCUGAGGGGGACUUGAAUGGAGAGGUUACUGCAAACCAAACUGUACAAGGCUCAUCGAGGGUUGAUUUAAAACAUGACACAACACUGCCUCGUCUUGGAGUUGACUUUGGACUCUUGAAACCCAAGACGUCAAGCACAGAUGUCGAUGGGGAUUCAGAAUUUGAGGAUGCUCGAGACCUAACGGAUGGCAGCAACCUGAAUCUUCCACCAAUGAGUCUUGGCAUGAAUGGGACUUCUCGAAGUGGAGCCCCAGUACCAAGACUGAGAGUCAAUGCCAAGAGUCAAGAACUUGAGACUCCAGACUACCAUCUGUCUGGAAUAUCACCCCAGGGUCCAAAUGUCAAUACGACAGCUGGACUGGAAAGCAGAGGAACAUUCAGAGCUCCUGAGAUAGGAAGGGACUUACAAAGUUCAGAUAUUGGUCCCCCUGGGUUGGAGAUAGACCUGACUGGGGGUAAUAUCAGGGGUCCAACCUUUGAUAGUGAGGUUCCUAAAGUAAGCAUCGACGGAACGGCUGAAGAAUACAGGAUGCCAAAAUUCAAAAUGCCAGAUCUGGGCCUCUCUGAGCCUACUCUAGCUGGUCCAGAAUAUAAGGUCAAGACACCAAAUGAAGAUGUUGCCUUAGGGAAACUUGGUCUCAAGUAUUCCAAGAGACAGAAAAACCCAGAUCUCAAUGUGGAUGACCCCUCAGGUUAUGCAGAAUCACCAAAUCUGAGACUGUCUGGGAGAUCCCCUGACUUGGAUCUAAGCAUGCCUGAUGCAGAUGUGUCACAGUUUGAUUUAAGUGGACCAGGCAUGCCCUCAGGGGAAGUAAGAGUACCCCUUAAGAAAUCCAAGUUUGAUCUUAAAUCUCCAGAUUUGGAUGUAGAUGCCACAUCUGGUAACUUAACUCUGCCCAAAUUUGGGGUCUCAGGCAAAGGCGGAGCUGGGGUUGAAACACAUGACCUCAGUCUCAAAACACCAAAGAUUAAAGAGAGGAUUCGUGCACCUGAUCUACCAGAAACUGACUUUGAAGGGCCAAAACUAGUCUCUGAUGCUCCUUCGGUUGGCAUCAAUAGCUUGUCUGGAAAAUACAAGGCUCCUAAGUUUACAAUGCCCAAAUUUGGUCUACCAGACAUUCCAGUUCCAGAUUAUGAGCUACAAUCUCCAGAUGUGGAUUUAUCUGGACGGAAGUUCAAAGGAGACCUCAGUAUGCCUGGUGUUGAUCUUCCCAAUCCAAGACUAGACCUAAAUUCCCCUGAUAUGGAUUUUGAAAUGCCAUCUGGUAAACUGAACACUGAUGGCCCCUCUGGCAAAGUAAAAAUGCCAAAAUUUAAACUCUUUGGCACUUUACCAAAAAACAAAGGUGUGGAUAUCAAUGCCGGUGUAAAAACACCUGAACUAGCCCUGAAAUCGCCAAAGAUAAGGGGCAUAGAUAGUCCAGACAUGAAGUUCAAUGCUCCAAAUUUAGACCUUGGUUCAUCAGGUGGACUUGAUGUAGAUUUCUCAAAGCCAGACCUUGACAUUGAUUCACCUUCACUCAGUCUCAAAGGCCCAAGGUCAAAACUGAAAAUGCCAAAUGCUGACAUCAUAGGUCCAACAGGAAAAAUUAAGAUGCCUGAUUUUGGACAUUCAGGACCAAAGCUGAAAGGAUUUGAUGGUGAAUUCAAGACUCCAGACUUAGAUCUUUCAGCCCCAGAAAUGAAGGGAGGCAUAGGUUCCCCAGAUUUCAAUCUACCUGAAAUGAACCUUAAAAAACCCAAACUAGAUGUAGACUUGAAGGCACCAAAGUUAGACAUCGAUACCCCUGAUGCCAACUUUGGUACAUCCAAGUUAAAAAUGCCCAAAAUAAAUCUACCAAGGAUGAAUGGCCCUGACAUUGAUGGAAACUUGGAUGUUAACGCACCUGAACUCAAUCUUAAAGGCCCAAAGGGCAACUUGGAUCUUCCAGAUGUUGACUAUGAUGGUCCAUCAGGGAAAUUAAAAAUGCCAAGUCUAAAAAUGCCUGAUUUUGGGUUUUCUGGUCCCAAGUUGGAUGGCCCUAACUUAGACCUGAAAACACCAAAUGUUGAUCUAAAUGCACCUGAUCUCAAUCUCAAAGGUCCAAAAGGCAGUUUAGACCUUCCAGAUGCUGAUAUCUCUGGUCCAAAGUUCAAAAAGCCUAACUUGAAAAUGCCUGAUUUUGGGUUUUCUGGUCCCAAGUUGGAUGGCCCUAACUUAGACCUGAAAACACCAAAUCUUGGACUCUCUGGUCCCAAUCUUGGUGGAGGUUUGGAGGCACCUGACAUCAACAUGCCAAAGUUAGAUCUUAAAAGCCCCAAACUGGAUCUCAAAACCCCAGAUCUGAACAUGGACAUGCCUUCAGGAAAAUUAAAGAUGCCAGAGAUCAAUACACCCAACUGGGAUGUCAAAGCACCUUCUGGCAAAUUAAAAAUGCCUAAACUUGAUCUUUCAGGUUCAAUGCCAAAGGGACCAAACUUAGAUCUCAACGCAGGUCUCAAGACACCUGAUUUGAACCUCAAAGCUCCAAAGAUCAAGGGGGGGUUUGAUGCCCCUGACUUGAGCUUACCAAACGCUGAUUUCAAGACUCCAAACUUUGACAUGAACGCUCCAGAUGUCAAUAUUGGAUCUCCAAAGUCAAAGUUCAAGAUGCCAAAACUCAAGAUGCCCCAUUUUAGUCUCCCAGGAAUUGGUGGCCCAGACAUUGAUGGAAACUUGGAUGUUCCAAAUGUUGAUCUAAAUGCACCUGAUCUCAAUCUCAAAGGUCCGAAAGGCAGUGUAGACCUUCCAGAUGCUGAUAUCUCUGGUCCAAAGUUCAAAAAGCCUAACUUGAAAAUGCCUGAUUUUGGGUUUUCUGGUCCCAAGUUGGAUGGCCCUAACUUAGACCUGAAAACACCAAAUCUUGGACUCUCUGGCCCCAGUCUUGGUGGAGGUUUGGAGGCACCUGACAUCAACAUGCCAAAGUUAGAUCUUAAAAGCCCCAAACUGGAUCUCAAAACCCCAGAUCUGAACAUGGACAUGCCAUCAGGAAAAUUGAAAAUGCCUAAACUAGAUCUUUCAGGUUCAAUGCCAAAGGGACCAAAUUUAGAUCUCAACGCAGGACUCAAGACACCAGAUUUGAACCUCAAAGCUCCAAAGAUCAAGGGGGGGUUUGAUGCCCCUGACUUGAGCUUACCAAACGCUGAUCUCAAGACUCCAAACUUUGAUAUGAACGCUCCAGAUGUCAAUAUUGGAUCUCCAAAGUCAAAGUUCAAGAUGCCAAAACUCAAGAUGCCCAAGUUUAACUUUCCAAGCCUAAAAAAGACAGACAUUGAUGGAAACUUGGAUGUUCCAAAUGUUGAUCUAAAUGCACCUGAUCUCAAUCUCAAAGGUCCAAAAGGUAGUUUAGACCUUCCAGAUGCUGAUAUCUCUGGUCCAAAAUUCAAAAAGCCUAACUUGAAAAUGCCUGAUUUUGGGUUUUCUGGUCCUAAGUUGGAUGGCCCUAACUUAGACCUGAAAACACCAAAUUUUGAUCUAAAUGCACCUGAUCUCAAUCUCAAAGGUCCAAAAGGCAGUUUAGACCUUCCAGAUGCUGAUAUCUCUGGUCCAAAAUUCAAAAAGCCUAACUUGAAAAUGCCUGAUUUUGGGUUUUCUGGUCCUAAGCUGGAUGGCCCUAACUUAGACCUAAAAACACCAAAUUUUGAUCUAAAUGCACCUGAUCUCAAUCUCAAAGGUCCAAAAGGUAGUUUAGACCUUCCAGAUGCUGAUAUCUCUGGUCCAAAAUUCAAAAAGCCUAACUUGAAAAUGCCUGAUUUUGGGUUUUCUGGUCCCAAGUUGGAUGGCCCUAACUUAGACCUGAAAACACCAAAUCUUGGACUCUCUGGUCCCAAUCUUGGUGGAGGUUUGGAGGCACCUGACAUCAACAUGCCAAAGUUAGAUCUCAAAAGCCCCAGACUGGAUCUCAAAACCCCAGAUCUGAACAUGGACAUGCCUUCAGGAAAAUUAAAGAUGCCAGAGAUCAAUACACCCAACUGGGAUAUCAAAGCACCUUCUGGCAAAUUAAAAAUGCCUAAACUUGAUCUUUCAGGUUCAAUGCCAAAGGGACCAAAUUUAGAUCUCAACGCAGGUCUCAAGACACCUGAUUUGAACCUCAAAGCUCCAAAGAUCAAGGGGGGGUUUGAUGCCCCUGACUUGAGCUUACCAAACGCUGAUCUAAAGACUCCAAACUUUGACAUGAACGCUCCAGAUGUCAAUAUUGGAUCUCCAAAGUCAAAGUUCAAGAUGCCAAAACUCAAGAUGCCCAAAUUUAACUUUCCAAGCCUAAAAAAGCCAGACAUUGAUGGAAACUUGGAUGUUCCAAAUGUUGAUCUAAAUGCACCUGAUCUCAAUCUAAAAGGUCCAAAAGGCAGUUUAGACCUUCCAGAUGCUGAUAUCUCUGGUCCAAAGUUCAAAAAGCCUAACUUGAAAAUGCCUGAUUUUGGGUUUUCUGGUCCCAAGUUGGAUGGCCCUAACUUAGACCUGAAAACACCAAAUCUUGGACUCUCUGGCCCCAGUCUUGGUGGAGGUUUAGAAGUACCUGACAUCAACAUGCCAAAGGUUGAUCUUAAAAGCCCCAAACUGGAUCUUAAUACACCAAAGUUAAAUAUGGACAUGCCAUCAGGUAAACUUAAAAUGCCAAAACUCAAGUCCCCAAAUUUGAACCUGAAAGCCCCCAAAAUUAAGGGUGGACUUGAUGCCCCAGACCUUGAUUUACCAAACUUAGAUCUUAAGGCCCCCAGUUUGGAUCUUGACAAGCCAGAUCUGAAUAUUGGUUCACCAAAUGCAAAGCUGAAAAUGCCGAAAUUAAAAAUGCCAUCAGUUAAUAUGCCAAACCUCAAAGGGCCUGAAAUCGAUGGUAAUUUUGAUGGUCCAGGGAUGGACAUCAAUGCACCUAAUAUCAACCUGAAGGGAUCAAAGCCUGGGUUCGAGAUGCCGGAUGUUGGUUUUGGCAGCCCAUCUGCAAACCUUAAAAAGCCACAUUUGAAAAUGCCUGAUGUGGGGUUUUCUGGUCCAAGGUUUGAUGGUCCAGACUUGGACUUCAACACACCAGAUCUUAAUGCCAAAUUACCAAAAGGACCAAAUCUGAACAUCAACUCAGACCUGAAAACCCCAGAUUUGAAUCUCAAAACCCCAAAGAUAAAGGGUGGAAUUGAUGCACCUAAAUUGGAUUUGCCAAACAUGGGUCUUAAAGCUCCAAAGUUAGAUGUGAACACUCCAGAUGUUGACUUUGGUCUUCCUGAUGCAAAGUUCAAAAAGCCCCAAAUCAAGAUGCCAAAAGGCCCUGAUGUUGACUUCAAUGGGGGCCUCAAGGGACCUGAUCUGCAUAUGCCCAAUGUCAAUCUAAAUGGUCCAAGAGGAAACUUAAAGAUGCCAAGAAUGAAUACACCAGACUUUCAUUUAUCUGGGCCUGAGGCAAGGCUACCAGACAUGAAUAUUUCAGGGCCAAGACUGAGGGGCCCAGGUAUAAACAUGCCAGACUUUGAUGUGCCAGAUGCUAGGUUAAAAGGUCCAACAAAUCUAGCCUUUUCUCCCCAGAAUGCAAAAGUAAACAUGAAACCCAGACAAAUACAAGGUCCAAAGUUUAGUUCUCCAAACAUGGGCCUAAAUAUGCCUCAUGUCGCAAUGCGGAGUCCACAGAUGCAUCCUCGAUCUCCUGUUCUUAAUAUUGAUGACCCUUCAGUACAUAUCAGAGGAUCUUCAUUUAAGAACCGCAGAUCUGAUUUCCCAGGAAACAUGAGAAUGCCUGAUCUCGACAUAGAUCAAGAUAUUAGAUUUAGUUACGGUGAUGCAAGGUCACCCCGGUCCAGGGCAAGGUCAAGCUACCCUGCAGGAGAUCCUCGUUUAGGUCCCUACGUUGAUUUCAACCGCUCAGAUCUCAACAUUGAUGAUUUUACAGGGAGAGAUCAUGUGCUUCGAGCCAGAGGCACAAAACUUAACCUUCAGGGUUCACAUAGCUAUGGACAGGUGUCCCCACCAGGUGUCAAUGUCAACAUGAGGGACCCCAGGUUUGUCAGAAGAAUUCCUUCAGGUGACUUUGACAUGUAUGCAAAACAUCACAAAGCAAUGCAGCCGAUGCCCCGCCAACGCAUGCCUCAGUUAUCCCCUGAUUCAAGAAUCAGGGUGCCUGAUGGUUCAGAUGGGUACUACGUCACAGUCUUUCCAAACCAAUCCCAGAAUCCAAGGAUGCAGAACCGCCAUACUCUCGGGGGGCCCGGCUUCCAUCCGAGAAACUUUGAUCUUGAAGUUCCAGGGACAAAUGAUCUGAAAGGAAAUACGUUCUUUUUCUCCAACCUCAUUUAG